CGCGCAGCCCGCGGCCCUGGCCAUGGGGCUGGGCGGGCCCGGAGCCCGGCCGAGCUGAGGCGGCGGCGGUGCGCGCGCCCCUUCGGGCCGCCCCCGCACCCCGCUCGCCGGCGUCUGGCUCUCAUGAUGAUGAAGAAGAAGAAGUUUAAGUUUAAGGUAGACUUCGAGCUCGAGGAGCUCUCCUCGGUGCCCUUCGUCAACGGGGUCCUCUUCUGCAAGAUGCGGCUGCUGGACGGCGGCAGCUUCACCGCCGAAUCCCCCAGGGUAGUCGGGAUUGCAUAUCUAGAUUUUAAAAUAAUCCACAUGGGCAAGAUAAUUAAAGCCAGAGACAGCAUAAAGAACAAAACACAAGGGCCAAAGGAUAGAACCUUGGUAGAAAAAGACCUAAUUAAGGAAAGUGAGACCAAAACGUUGGAGAAGAAUGUGGCAUCCCGGAAACUGAGGAAAACGCUUGAGAGAACAGUGGAAUUAAAAGGUGGAAAAACUUACGCAAAGCUGGGCUUUGCAGAUCUAAACCUGGCAGAGUUUGCUGGAUCAGGAAAUACCACUCGUCGCUGUUUACUGGAAGGCUAUGAUACCAAAAAUACAAGACAGGAUAAUUCCAUUCUUAAAGUUUUGAUCAGCAUGCAGCUGAUGUCUGGUGACCCGUGUUUUAAAACGCCUCCUUCUACAUCAAUGUCUAUACCAAUUGCUGGUGAAUCUGAAUCUCUGGAAGAAGACAGAAAAGGUGGAGAGACUCUCAAAAUCCAUCUUGGAAUAGCAGAUCUCUCAGCAAAGAGUGCUUCUGUUCCAGAAGAACUUGGUGCCUGUGGACAUUCCAGAACAUCAAGCUAUGCAAGCCAGCACUCCAAAGUAUCAGGGUAUAGCUCAUGCCACUCCCGGUCAUCCAGUUUCUCUGAGUUCUGCCACAGGAGAAAUACCUCCGUGGGAAGUACAUCCACAGGCACUGAGAGUAUCCUGGAGCCAUGUGAUGAAAUGGAGCAAAAGGUAGUGGAGCCAAAUCUGGAUACGGCGGAUAAAGAAGAUACAGCUUCAGAAACACUCAACAGAUGCCCAGUGAAACAAGAUUCUGUAGAAUCUCAGCUGAAGCGAGUUGAUGACACCAGAGUAGAUGCUGACGACAUUGUGGAGAAAAUAUUACAAAGUCAAGACUUCAGCCUCGAUUCCAGUGCAGAAGAAGAAGGACUGCGGUUAUUUGUGGGUCCUGGGGGAAGCACAGCCUUUGGCAGUCAUCACCUUCCAAAUAGGGCAGUGUCUGGCGCUUAUGAACAAGUUGUGAUCAAACGCUAGAAGCCAAGCUGGUGAACUGAAGCUUCCCUGUGGUUUAGUAUGUGGGUAGUUGAGCUAUGAAUGCACUUUAUUCAAGCAUUUAUGAGAAAAUGAACCUCUUUAAAAAAUGAAGAUGUUUGUCUAUCAAGAGGAAAGCCAACACCGAUUUCUUCUCUGAAGCGCCCACCGCUAUCCUUUCCCACGCAUCAGAAUGGUAGCAUCAGGGCAGCGUGCUUCUGUGGUCACUGCACAUGAUAAUGAAAAGACUGCUUUUUCUUUCAAAACAUCCUGGUGGGGAAAACAGACCUCUGCAUCUGAGUUGAGUUCUAAUGCAAAAGUGUAAAAUCUGCGAUAGAGGUGCUCAACAGAUCUGGGCUAUAAUUAUUUAAUUUCAUGUUUGAAAAACAAUAAGUGAAGAUAAUUUAAACCCUUAAGUUCUGUCAAGAUAGUUAUAAUUCCUGUUAAGGAAAUCUUCCAUAUUAUACUACCUAUAGUAUUGUGCUAAGUUUACUAAUUGUUUUUCAUAAUUGAUAUAAAAGUGUGGGUGUUCAUGCUUUGGGAAAAAGUUAUAUUAUAGUUUAAACAUGUAAAAUGCAUAAUAAUUCUAAACAUAUCAGUCAUAAAUCGAAUUAAGUGUUUUGAAGCCUGCAAUACAUGAAUGGCUAUAAUGCCAUUAUUAUGCAGUAUGUAUUGUUACUUGUUGAUAAUAGUUAAGCUAUGCAACUCCCACUAAGCACUAUAGAAGAAAUUCAAGAGAAGUUUAAUUAAUAUUCAAUACGUUAGGCUGCCAUAAGGCACCCUAACAUAAGAGCUGUUUUAACUAACUGAAUAAUAUCUGCUGACUUCAGGAGUCAAAAUUUAGAACAAGAGGGAAAUUGUGAUAUGAUGAGAAACAGAGCAGCCUUUUCUCUCUAAGUCCUGACUUAUCUGAAAUUAAAAAUCAUUCCCAGGAGGUGGUAGAUAAAAGGCAGGGGACAGCUGACAUUGCUGACAUGGACCUGUGGUCUUCUGUUGUAGCCCCCAAGAUCAGACACUAUGUUUUCUUCUUCCUAUAUCAGAAAUUAGUUGUUUUGAGGAAAGAAUAGAAUAUAACAUACAUCAAAUAGAGCUUUUU